CUAUAAAGAAAAUACUUUUGUUCAAAGGAGUUAGAGUACUUGAUGCUCUUAAUCUUAGUCAGACUUUGGACUGGUUGGUCAGGUUUAUUUAUAAACCAGGGAUGAAUGACACCCAGAGAAUUUAUUUCACUGACUGAAGGUAUUCAACCACUUUUUCUCAGCUGCAUGAGACUUCUGAGCAGGAAGCGACAGAACUGAACAAAAGGAAUGGGUGAAGAAAAUACAGUAAUCUCCCUUGAGCUGAAGGAGAAAGAAGGCCUGGAGAACAAUGGGUUUCUUCAGGGUGAGGAGCUAGAUUGCAAGGAAGCAGCUCAGGAAGGGUUACCAAAGGUUGGUGCCCUCACCAUGGAAGCAGAAGCAUGGGAAGGAUUAACUCAGCAGCCUUAUGCAGGAAUGCCCAAAGAGGUGCUCCUGCAGUUCUCCACCAAGGCACGUUACAGGAUUACCAGAGAAAUACUCUUUUGGUUGAUCAUUGUAGCUUCGUUGGCGCUUGUGGCAGCUACGGUGACGAUUAUUGCCAUGUCCCCCAAAUGCCUUGGUUGGUGGCAAGCCAACUCCAUUUAUCAGAUCUAUCCUCGGUCAUUUAAGGACACUGACAAAGAUGGGAACGGUGAUCUCAAAGGUAUCCAAGAAAAACUAGAUCAUAUCCAGUAUCUAAAUGUAAAAACAGUCUGGAUCACAUCUUUUUAUAAAUCAUCCUUAAAAGACGUUGGAUAUGGAAUAGAGGAUUUUCAAGACAUAGAUCCAAUCUUUGGAACAAUGAAGGAUUUUGAAGAUCUGGUUGCGGCAAUCCAUGAUAAAGGUUUAAAAGUGAUAAUGGACCUAAUACCUAAUCAUACUAGUGACAAGCACAAGUGGUUUCAGCUUAGUCGGAAUAGGACUGGAAAAUAUACAGAUUAUUACAUCUGGCAUGAUUGUGCUCAUGUCAAUGGGAUCACCACUCCUCCAAAUAACUGGGUGAGCGUAUUGGGAUAUUCCAGUUGGCAGUAUGAUAUUGCGAGGAACCAAUGUUAUUUUCAUCAGUUUGGAAAAGAACAUCCAGAUUUAAAUUUUCGUAAUCCAAAUGUUCAGGAAGAAAUGCAUGAUAUUAUUCAGUUUUGGCUUGGCAAAGGAAUUGAUGGAUUUAGCAUCAGUACUGUUAAAUUCCUCUUAGAAGCAACACAUCUGAGAGAUGAGCCUCAAGUGAAUAAAACUCUUCCUCCGGACAAAAUCACAUCUUAUUCUGAACUAUAUCAUGACUAUACCACUACCCAAGUUGGCAUGCACGAUAUAGUCCGCAGUUUUCGGCAUACCAUGAAUAAGUUCAGCAGUGAACCUGGUAGAUACAGAUUUAUGGCUACAGAAGCAAUUGAGAGCAACAUUGAAGAAACUAUGAUGUAUUAUGGGACAUCUUUUAUUCAAGAAGCUGAUUUUCCUGUUAAUCUCUAUUUCAUGAACAUGAAAUCAAUCUCAGGAAAUGAUAUUUCUGAAACUAUAGCUUUGUGGAUGAAGAAUAUGCCACAAGGAAAAUGGCCAAAUUGGAUGGUUGGAGAUUCCAACACUGCUCGAAUAUCUUCUCGGAUUGGAAAGGAAUACAUAAAUGUCAUAAAUAUGCUUCUUUUAACCCUUCCUGGAACACCUGUAAGUUAUUAUGGUGAAGAAAUAGGGAUGGAAGAUGCUACUUCAGAAACUGCACUUUCUCCAGAAAAAUCGCCAAUGCAAUGGGAUGAUAGCCUUUAUGCUGGCUUUAGUGAGGGCAAUUCAACAUGGAUAGCUGUAAAUCCUGACUAUCUAAAAGUAAAUGUGAAAAUUCAACAGAAUCAUCCAAACUCUACACUCAACUUGUAUCGAGAACUCAAUUCCCUUCGUUCCAAUGAGCUUCCCAUUCACAGGGGAUGGACAUGUUACAUAUGGAAUGACACCAAUGUCUUUGUUUAUGUAAGAGAACUUGAUGGGUUGGAUCAAGUGUUUAUGAUGGUUCUGAAUUUUGGAGUAGGAACCAUAACAGAUUUGCAAUCUUUGGUUCCCAGCCUUCCUUCAGAAGCUACUAUAAAGCUAAGCACUACUUUUAGUAACACUGGGAAAGUUGUAAACAUGAAAACAAUUGAAACUCAAAAGGGUGAAGGACUUAUAUUGGAAUACAGGACGAGCAAACCACUCCAUAUGAUGGAAAUUUUCAAAGAGAAGUGCUUCAUUGCAGAAAAGGCAUGCUAUUCCAGUGUCUUUAAUUUACUUUACAUGUACUGCUAAGUGUCAUUAAUUAUUUAAUGCAAAUCCAUUAGUUGAUGAUUACAUGUUAUUUCUUUACAAAAGAUGUGCCAGCUUAUUCAUAGAUUUCUAUAGGCUUGAUCUAAUUCUAAUGGUAGAAUUAGAAUUACCUAAAAAGUGCAAAAGUUAACCCUCUAGCAGUUACAAUGUACUGUUUACUGUAGGCUUAGCUUAAACAGUUGCUCUAUAGUAUUACUUUUCCUAUUAACUGUAAGCCCUUUGAGAACCAUCCUAGAUGGCUUCUACAGUUUCUCCAAUUCUCACAUUCUAUGAAAUUAUGUGAUUCUAUCAUAUACGUAACAUACAUUUCAUUUCCUAUCUAAUGAGGAAACUUUAAACCUUAGAAUAAUAAAAAUAAAUUAUUCUCUAA